AUGAAGCUGCUGGAGCUCGCGGCCAUGAAGGCCCACGGCGCGCCCAAGGAUAUGCGGCCCACCAACCCAAGCGAAAGCGCCGACUCGGGCGUGUCCGACUCGACGCCGGCGCCGGUCGCAACCACCGCCGCGGGUCGCAAGUACGAGCGCCGCACCAAGCGCUUCAUUUGGCCCGACGAGCUCCAUCGGCUCUUUGUCGCGGCCGUCUUUGACGUGGGUCUCAAGAACGCAUCACCGAAAGCCCUCCUUACGCUCAUGGGCAACCCCGCGUGCUCGUCCGGCCUCACGACCGGGCAUCUCAAGUCGCACCUGCAAAAGUACCGCCUCAACUACGACCGGUCGCGCGUCGAGUUUCUCAAGUACUAUGACGAAAGCGUCUCGGAGGCGACCAAGCAGCACAAGCGCAAGGGCAAGCCCGUGCAGCAAGGCGCUGUCUCGUCACUCUUUCCCAUUUGCCCCACCUCCAAGAAGCGCAAGACGACCGACGAAGUGGUUGAGGACCCGUCGAGCGACGACGAAGACGACGAGAAGGUGGCCAAGGUCGUCGCGACGACGCAAAACAUCACGCGACAGCUCGACGUGCAGGCCAAGACGCUGCACAUGCAAGCGCAGUUUCAAGAGGAGAUUCAGCAGCAGUUGUACGAACAGGCGCUGCUCCAGCGGCAACUCCAGGAGCGCCUCUCCCAAGUCACAAUGGCCAAAGGUAUCACCGAAAGCGCAUUGAACGCGGCGCGGUCGGCGGCCGCGCUCUCGUCCGUGCCGCCCACGUCGUCCGGUCCGGGCCUCGCGUCUGGCCACAGCAACAAGCAGCCGCCACCCGUGGUCUCGAACGGCCACCGGGCGCAAACCAACCAGUUCCAGCACCAUCUCACGGCCUUGAGCCAGCUCGGCCCCUCGGCCGUCACCGAUCCAAGCAACGGCGGCGGGAGCUCAGACGCCAACGGCUCGAUGCAGUGGAACCUUGGGCUGCUACAGCCCACGAGCGCGCCGUACCCGGUUUCGCCCAAUGCGCGCAUGUCGCUCGAGCAGCAGAACGCGUCGCACCUGCAGAUGCAAAUGGCCAUGCAGCAGCAAAUGUACCUGCAUCGGCAAAUGCUCUUGCGCAAGGUCGAAGUCUCGCAGCAGCAGCAGCCAUCGCAGCAGCAGCAGCAGAUGAUGCAACCGCACACAGACAACAACGCCACCAACAACAGUAGUCAUCCCCACCACCACCACAACAACAACAACAACAACGCGGCGUCGACGUCGAGUUGGAACGCGAAUGCAAGUGCUGCUCCGGCGUCCCGCCCGACGAUCAUCGACCAUGCGCCGGCCGAGUGGCAUCAAGACGACCCGGCUGCCAGCGCCCAUAAGGUGGUGCCGUCGCCGUCCAUGCACCUCGGCGAAGAGAGCAAGCCGGCGACGCCGUCGGCCGACGUCAUGGACCUCUACGGCUGGGACAAGCUCAAUUUGGACGUCGAUAUGAACGACGACCUCUUCAGCUUCCUCAAGUAG